AAUUUCCACAUAUCUGUCAACCUGCUCAGUUGUUCUGCUAGUUUCGUAUCCCACUAUCUUUCCAAUCAAUUUACUGUAAAGAUUAACAAAAUUAACAGCUCCAAUAAAACAUAUUUUACAGCAGCCAAGUAACAACCAUAAAACACCCACGAAACAACAAUUUUCAAAUACUAAAACUGUUUUUUUUUUGUUUCAUCAUAGUCUUUUUAAAUUGCUUUGCCUUCACUAUAUAUUUAAUAUCUGAUAUCAUUAUCACUAGUCUAUUGAUACAUCACUUUUCUUUAUUUCCAAUUAAUUUGAAUAAAAUCACCAAUAUUUAUAAUCUUUUUGAAAAAUGCCUUUAUGUGGAAGUGGUAAAAAACCUGAACAACGUAAAAUUGUUAUCUUAGGUGAUGGUGCUUGCGGUAAAACCUCGCUAUUAAACGUCUUUACUAGAGGUUACUUUCCCCAAGUUUAUGAACCAACCGUUUUUGAAAAUUAUGUUCAUGAUAUAUUCGUUGAUGGUAAACCUGUUCAGCUAUCCCUAUGGGAUACCGCAGGUCAAGAAGAAUUCGACAGAUUAAGAUCAUUAAGUUACAGCGAUACUCACACCAUCAUGCUCUGCUUCUCUGUCGAUUCUUAUGACUCUUUGGAAAAUGUUCAAACAAAAUGGGUCGGCGAAAUAACUGAUCACUGUGAAGGUGUCUCCCUAGUUCUUGUUGCUCUUAAAUGUGAUUUGAGAUCAAAUGAGGAUGAUUUAAAUACACCUUCAACUCCAACUAAUAACAUCAAUGGCGAUCAAAAUACUAUUCCAAAUUCAAACCCAAAUUCAAAUAGUAAUAACUCAAACAACAAUAAUGAUCCAAAAAAGAAAUUCAUAUCCUACGAUGAAGGUUUAAACGUUGCUAAAAAGAUCGGUGCUUUAAGUUACUUGGAAUGUUCCGCUAAAAAAAAUAGAGGUGUUAACGAAGCCUUCACUGAAGCUGCCAGAUGUGCUCUUAAUGCCAAACCCAAAGGUGCAGCUGAAGAACAAUCCGAUGACAAAAAAGGUUGUAUUAUUGUCUAAUGUCAAAAGAAAAAUAAAAUUUAUUUCAAUUCAAAAUUUCUUCAUUAUAUUUAUCAUUUUCUUUUAAUGUUAGUUUCCAUCCUCAAUUGAUUUGCCCUGUUUUUUUGUUGGUCG